GGUCUGUGAGACUACGCUGAGUGUGUACGCCUACGGUUCCCAGUGACCGCAUGUAAAUCUUCAAUAUUUGCAUGCUUCACCAACUCCACUCAGACAAUCCCCAUUACCCAAAUAAUAUGAUUUUCUCAAAAUGCAAAUGCAAAUGCAAUCCCAAUUCUCUUCGUAAUAACAAAGAACCUAACUUUUUCAGUUUUUCCAACCACUGAGCGCAACCAAGAUGACACAAGGCUUCUAAUUUCUGAUAGGAUUGUGUUAUUUACUCUCUUUUAAUCUAUGUCUGAAAUGGGUUUUCUGAUUCAUGGAGUCUUUUGAUUGUUGUGUGUGAGUUUGGUUUGUUUGUUUUUCGUUUUGUUUUUUUUGUUGUGUUCUGUCACUGGUUGUUGGUGUGUGAAAGCAUUGAGAUGGGGAAAGAGAUGUUGGAGAAUGUGAAAGACGAUGGGGGCCUUGAGGAGCUUGAGAUGUUGCUGAAUGAGAUCCCUCAGGCAACAUCAAACAAUCUUUACCACGGGAAAUCAUAUGAUGUUCGUGAUGGUGAUGAUCAUCAUAAUCAUGGUUUUUUUGUGUCUAAUGGAAUGUGUGGUGUGUGUGAUGAUGACCCAUUUAGUCAGAUUCAGUAUCCAUGUGUCUCGUCUCCUGCGAGUGGUUUUUCUCUGCAAUCUGAUGGUUCUUCCUCAAGCUUGUUCUCUUCUGGACAUGCUUUGUCUGACACUGGAUCACCAACCCCUCCUCCAUUGGAGGAUCUUAAAUCCACCAUGCCUUCUGGAGGUUCUUCUUCUUACCCUAAGAACCGUUUCAUCACACCUGAUUCAACUGUUUUUAAUAAUGCCAAUGGAGGUUUGGUUGAUGAAUUUGACCUGUGUGCCAAUUUGAGUCGAAUGCACAUCAGCAAUCAUCAACAAGAGAGGCCUUGUGAUUUCAAGGAACAUUCGAUGGGCAUGAAUAGGCCACUGUUUCCAGAAUGUUCGUUCACUGGAAAUGGUCCCAGCAAUGUUCACACAAACGGGGCACAUUGCAGUUUCAGGAGAGGUUCUUUGGAUUGUGUUGGGGUUCAAGCCCCUGUGCCAUGGAGCCCUGUAAAUCAUGAUGGUGAAAUGAAUAUGGCCUUGUCCGGGUUGACCCGGGACUAUAGAAUGGCUAAUUUAUUUGGAUCAAGACAGUGUGCUGAAAGGACUGAGACAAUGCUUUCUCAAUUAAAUGACUUUAGUGGUUCAUUGAAGUCUCCAUGCCAUCAGACAAGGCAGCUGAUGAAUAACUACUACAGUGGAGGAAGUCGAAGCCAGCCACCGGAGUACACUCCUUUGAGUAUAAAUCCAGUGGUUGAUGCGUUACUCUAUGCUCAGAAUAAUGGAAUGCAUCUAACUGAAGAAACAGGCAUGCAAAGAUGGCCUACCUCUCCUCAGUUUGUUAAUUUAAGACCUUAUUUGGGUGUUCAAGAUUUACUGCAGUAUAGCCGUUCUGUGCCUAAUAAUGCAAGAGCUGUCCCUCUAUCAAAUGCUAGAAUCCCACAAGGAAAUAUAGAUGCAAUUGCAAGUGAGGGAAGCUUCAUCAUACAAGGUGAAGGUGUAAAUUAUGUUGCUGGCAGAGGUUCGGAUUCUUCCAUGUAUCAUAGUAAGUCUGCACUACGGGGCACUGGCUUUGAUAAGCAUUGCAAGAGAUCAGAGCUAGGCAUGCCUUACCAGGUUGUAGGAAAUUUUGACAAUCCUAGGGGUGCCAGGAUAGGUUGCUCCUUACCUUUGGUGCCCAAAUACAAUUCUCUAGCUGAAGCCCAAGGUUAUAUAUAUUUAAUGGCUAAAGAUCAGCAUGGCUGUAGGUUCUUGCAAAAAAUGUUUGAUGAGGGUACACGGGAUGAUGUUCAAGUGAUAUUUAACGAGAUCAUUGAUCAUGUAGUGGAACUUAUGGUGAAUCCUUUUGGAAAUUACCUUAUGCAGAAGUUAUUAGAUGUAUGCAAUGAAGAACAGAGGAUGCAAAUCCUUCUAAUCCUUACUGAAGAACCUGGUCAGCUUGUCAGAAUCUCUUUAAACACUCAUGGCACUCGUGUGGUAUCAGAGCUAUGGUUAGAGCCUAUCCUAGCAUUAUUGGUUGUUUGUUGGGCAUACCAUGGUGGAAUAACUGACCUCUCAAGAUUAAAUGGAGAUUAUGUUAUGAUUAAGAUCAUAUAA